CAUGCACCCAGGUCUAUUCGCGAUGCCUCCAGAUAUCUUUAAACUUGAAAGAAUUUCCAUUUUGAGGGUCUGCGUGCGAGAAACAAACGACAAUGUCUGAAUUCAGGAGCUUCGAUCGCAUGUUUCGCCUGGAUGGAAAGGUAGCUCUAGUUACAGGAGGUUCGAGAGGAAUUGGGCUGCAUACGGCAACUGCAUUCCUCCUCGCCGGUGCGAAGAAAGUCUUCAUUUCCGCGCGGAAGCACGAAGGAGACCAGGGCAUUGAUCAAGCUGUUGAGAAGCUCAACAAGCUCGGCGUGUCGGGGAAAGCUGUCGGUAUUGCAGCUAAUGUCGCGGACACGGAUGACAUCGCGAGAUUGGUAAAGGAGGUUCAGAAGACGGACAACAAGCUAGACAUUCUAGUGUGCAAUGCCGGCGCGACGUGGGGAGGACCGUUUGAACCGACGCCAGACUGGUCGUCGAAGAAAGUACUCGAUCUGAACGUCCGCGGCGUCUUCAACCUGGCAAGGCUAUUUACCCCUCUACUCGAAAUGGCAGGCACGCGUCAGGACCCCUCCCGCAUUGUCAUCGUCAGCUCCACGGCCGGUGUGACAGUCCCCCAUGUCGGUGACCAUGGCACGAUCAUGUACAGUGUCUCCAAGGCCGCCGCCCAUCAUCUUUCUCGGCAACUUGCUGUCGAAUUGGGCCCGCGAAACAUCACCACCAAUACCGUUGCUCCUGGCUUCUUCCCCUCAAAGCUCGCUAACGGGUUGAUUGAGAUUCUCGGUGGCGAGAAGGAGUUGAACGACUGGAACCCCCGUAAGCGCCUGGGUGAACCAGAAGACAUCGCUGGUGUCAUGGUGUACCUGUGUUCGCGUGCUGGGAGCUACGUGAAUGGUGAGGACAUCUGUGUUGAUGGCGGCGUACGGUAUGCGCAGGGGCGACAGUCGAAGCUGUAAAUUGCACGUAUCACAUUUAGAGUCUAUGGACUGGAAUUUAUAG